ACGGGAGAGGAGCCUGCCAGCAGGUGGAAUGGGGCAGCCAUGAACGGCGAUGCCCUGUGCCAGGAGCCCUCCUCCCCGCUCCCCGACUGGAGGGAGUUCUGCGAGCUGCAUGCCCAGGCGGCCGCCGUCGACUUCGCCCAGAAGUUCUGCCAGUUCCUGAAGGAGAACCCCCACUACGACACCCCUGGGGCAGAGACCUCCUUCUCCCACCAUUUUGCUGCCAACUUCUUGGACAUCUUCAGCCUGGAGGUCAGCCGGGUGUUCGUGUCCGACUCCCCCACCAAGUACAACAUCGUGCCCUUCGUGGGGCUGCAGAACUGCCACGUCCCCUACGGGCGUGAGGUCACCCCGAGGAAGGAGGAGACGUCCACCGAGUCCCUGGACAGCAUGGAUACCCCGUUAGGUGCUGGACGGUACCUGAGCCCGGCACAGCAGACACAGGCACGCAAGGUGUCCUCCUACGGCCAGUCCCGCAGCUCGGAGGACGUCUCCAUCCACACUGCCGCCAAGCCCAAGUUCAAGAAAGGCUUCUCCUUGAGGAACAUGAGCUUGUGCGUGGUGGACGGUAUGAAGGAGAUGUGGCAUCGCAAGUCCUCUCCGGAGCCGGGCACUGAGGCUGCCCCGGGCGGCCGGAGAGCCGAGAGGGAGCCGUGGCCGGCCGGAGGCAAGGAGUCUGGUGACCCACGGGAGAAAUGGACCCACAAGCUGCGCCUGUCCAAGGUGCCCUCCUCCAAGGUGGAGCUGGUGGACAUCCAGAGGGAGGGGACCCUGCGCUACAUGGUGGCCGACGACACGAACUGUGUGGGGAGCUCACAGUGGCAGAAGUGCCGCCUCCUGCUCCGGAAAGCGGUGAAGGUGGAAGGAGAGAGGUUCCUCCUCGAGUUUUAUGUCCCUCCAAAGGCUUCCAAACCCAAGGUGAGCAUCCCGCUGUCGGCCAUCAUCGAGGUCCGCACCACCAUGCCGUUGGAGAUGCCCGACAAAGACAACACCUUCGUCCUAAAGGUGGAGAACGGGGCCGAGUACAUCCUGGAGACCAUCGACUCCCUGCAGAAGCAUUCCUGGGUGGCAGAUAUCCAGGACUGCAUCGACCCCGGGGACAGCGGGGACGACAUCGAGCUGGCAUCCUGUGCGCAGGGAGCCUGUCUGCCGGGCAGGGCGUCCUCCUGCAGCUGCGAGUUCCUGGCUGAUGAUGUGCCCAGGCCGCCGGACAGAUGUGCCCUGCCCGGCACUCACAACACCACCACGGCCACCGCCGUCCCCGCGCCCCACGGCCGGGGCAGGGACUCCCUGGGGGAGCUCCUCACCCACGUCCCACUGGAGAGCUUCCUGCAGACACUGGAGUCCUCCCCCGCCGCCGGUGGGCAUCUCGCAGGGGAGGACAGUGAGGCGGAGGCGGAGAUCAACCUCUCCGACUUCCCCUGGUUCCACGGGACUCUCUCACGGAUCAAGGCGGCUCAGCUGGUGCUCUUCGGGGGUGCCCGGAGCCACGGCUUGUUCGUCAUCCGGCAGAGCGAAACACGGCCAGGGGAGUACGUGCUGACCUUCAACUUUCAGGGGAAAGCGAAGCACCUCCGCCUGUCGCUGAACGAGAGCGGGCAGUGCCACGUGCAGCACCUCUGGUUCCAGACCAUCUUUGACAUGCUGCGCCACUUCCACACGCACCCCAUCCCCCUCGAGUCGGGCGGCGCGGCCGACAUCACCCUCCGCAGCUACGUGGUGGCCCAGAGCCCGCUGCCCGAUGCCGGCCCCCCACCAGCCCUCGUGUCGCAGCCGCCAGGCUGCCGGGUCGACCUGCCGCCUCCACACUACUUCUGCAGCACAGCACCCACAGGCCCGCCAGCCCUGCUGCCUGCUGAGGGGGUGGCCAUGGCCCCUGCUGUCACCAUCCCCACACCCUACCACCGCCUGGAGGGUGCCCUGGGCCCCCGGAGCCGCAGCGACAGCGCCGAGCGCCGGCCAGAGCCCCCCGCCGCCAGUGCCGAGGACUACCAUGAGGCUGACGGUGCCCGGAGCCGGACCCGGGCGGUGGAAAACCAAUACUCCUUCUACUGAGCCCCUCCAUGCCCGGGGGCUGGAUGGUGGGGGGACGCAGGGCACCCGUGCCCCUCACCGCUGCACCAGCCUCACCACCUCCUCCUGCCACCACCAGCAACGCAGCUGGGAUGUCUUUCUCACUCCCUGCUGCUUUCGGGAGCCGUGUCAGCAGCGGGCGAUGUCCUGGCUGAACCCGGCGCCAGCCCCGAGGUUGGGGCAGUGCUGGGGGUUUGGGAGGCUGAAAGCGUCCGUGCCAUUUUGGAGCUUGCAGCCUCUUCUCUUUCCCUCUGGACCAAGAGUUCUCCCGGGACUGAGCUGGGCUCCCUGCAUCUCCUCCCUGGGGAUGCCCAUCAUGGGGUGGCAGCCCGAAGCUGUGACAGGCUCCAUCUUCCAGCCAAAGCACCUCGGCACGUCCCCUCUGGGGUGGGAGCCCAGCGUGGCCAACAUCCCUUCUGCCACCAUUGCCCCAGAAACCAGCCACUGAGGGGCUCUGGCGUUUCGGGAUGACCGUGGAAAUGGCAGAUCCCCACACAGAGGCUUUUCUCGCACACACGGAUCCGUGCACCCAAGAGGGCACCGCUGCAGAGGCGUGAGGGUUUAUCCAGGCUGGCUUGCAGGCUCCCUCUGGGGCACGCGUUUCCCACCCUCUGCCAGGAGAAGGUUUUUUCCAAAGCUUAAUGAAUUGCAUUCGAGGAAGGUU